AUGUCCGGUAGCUUGAUAUUUGUUGCUUCAUUAGUAGUGAAAGCUGAAGGUGUUGUGUCGAUCUCUGGCAGUUGUGUUGGAAUAACUUCCACUGUUGUUGUGCCAACAUCAGUUUGCUUUGUAGAUUCAGUUAAUAUUCCCCAUGUUGUGUCAGUGUCAGUUUGUGUUGUAGAAGUAUCUGAGAGUAUUGAUGUUGAGCGCAUUGCCGUAAAAUCACUCAAAGAUUCUGUGGUUGGGCUGACAUUUUCUGUCGUUGUUUCCUGUGCAGUAAUGUCCGGUAGCUUGAUAUUUGUUGCUUCAUUAGUAGUGAAAGCUGAAGGUGUUGUGUUGAUCUCUGGCAGUUGUGUUGGAAUAACUUCCACUGUUGUUGUGCCAACAUCAGUUUGCUUUGUAGAUUCAGUUAAUAUUCCCCAUGUUGUGUCAGUGUCAGUUUGUGUUGUAGAAGUAUCUGAGAGUAUUGAUGUUGAGCGCAUUGCCGUAAAAUCACUCAAAGAUUCUGUGGUUGGGCUGACAUUUUCUGUUGUUGUUUCCUGUGCAGUAAUGUCUGUUAGCUUGAUAUUUGUUGCUCCUUUAGUAGUGAAUGCUGAAGGUGUCGUAUUGAUGUCAGGUAGUGUUGCUGGAAUAACUUCCACUGUUGUUGUCUCAACAUCAGUUUGCUUUGUAGAUUCAGUUAAUGUUACCUGUGUUGUGUCAGUGUCAGUUUCUGUUGUGGAAGUAUCUGAGAGUAUUGAUGUUGAGUGGAUUACUGUAAAAUCACUCAAAGAUUCUGUGGUUUGGCUGACAUUUCCUGUUGUUGUUUCCUGUGCAGUAAUGUCUGUUAGCUUGAUAUUUGUUGCUCCUUUAGUAGUGAAUGCUGAAGGUGUCGUAUUGAUGUCAGGUAGUGUUGCUGGAAUAACUUCCACUGUUGUUGUGUCAAAAUCAGUUUGCUUUGUAGAUUCAGUUAAUGCUACCCGUGUUGUAUCAGUGUUAGUUUGAGUUGUGGAAGUAUCUGAGAGUAUUGAUG